AUGUCAAACUUUUCUAUUUGUUCGCCUGCGGCCAUUCAGACCCCGGUCGUGUACGGGGCUGAGAUCAUUUCUCUUUCUGCAUCUUGGGUCACCAAUUACACCGAUUACAUUCCGUACACGUUCAACUACAAUGGAGGUACUGUUGAACUCGAAAAUGCCAAGUUCUGCAACAUUACCGUGAAAUAUACCCAUCCCGGCUACGAGGAUAACAUCACCGUCGAGACCUGGCUUCCCGAACCUGCCAACUGGAACGGCCGCCUCCAGGCAACAGGAGGUGGCGGAUGGGCUGCCGGUCGGUUUGUGCUGUCCGAAUUCUUCAUGGGAGGUGCACUUGGGGAAGGAUUUGCUACCACCACCACCGAUGCUGGACUGGGCAAGGAUACUACAGGACCUCGUGAAUGGGCGCUCACCAGUCCGGGCAAUGUCGAUUGGGUUGCAGUGGAAAACUUCGGAUCCCGGGCCUACAAUGACCAAGCCAUCAUUGGAAAGAGCCUGGUGAACAGCUUCUAUGGUCGUGCUCCUGACUAUUCUUACUGGAGCGGUUGCUCGCAAGGAGGCCGACAGGGAAUGAUGAUCGCUGAGCGCUAUCCCACUGCAUACGAUGGUAUUGCUGCCUCAGCUCCCGCACAAUCCUUUACCAAGUUUACUUCCUCGCUGUACUAUACUCUCUUCAUGCGCAUCUGGCACAACUUGAAUCCGCUCGUCUGCGAACUGGACUUCUUGACACGCGAGGCGAUCACCUACUGUGAUCCCCUUGAUGGUGCGGUAGAUGGACUUAUCUCCAACAUGACUGCCUGUAACUACGACCCCUAUACCGCAGUGAACAAAACAUUCACCUGUGACUCCCUGAACCGCACUAUCGCACUGAGUCAGGGCGCCGCGGUCAUCGUUGAUGCUGCCUGGUCGGGUGCGCAGACCACUGACGGCCACCAGCUCUGGUAUGGCUACAACCCUGGGUCCGACAUCGCUAGUACCUUUGGUGCUCAACCGGGAUUCAACAGCUCAUCGUUCGACACCGUGAAGGAUGAAUGGUUCAAUCUCUUCGUCGCUAAGAAUAUCAGCUUCGACACCAUGGGGUUGAGCCACGCGGAAUACCAGGAGUUUUUCAACCUCAUCACUUCGGAGUAUGGUAGCGCCUGGAAUGCGGACGAUGCAAAUUUGCAUGCUUUCAAAAAUAAUGGAGGCAAGCUGCUGACCUACCACGGCAUGGCCGAUCCCAGUAUCCCCACCAAAGGUACCGAAUAUCUCUACAACAAGGCGCGGGCGCUCUUCCCGGAUAUCCAGGACUUCUGGCGCUUCUUCGAGUCGCCGGGCCUAGGUCACUGUUCCGGCGGUCUCGGCGGCCAGCCGACCACCGUUAUGAAGGCUCUUCAGCGUUGGGUUGAAAAUGGUACUGCUCCAGACACAUUGCCUGUGGAAUACCCAUCGCUCGGAAAUGGUCUCCAUCGCAACUUGUGCCCCUAUCCUUCCCAGAUUGAGUAUAUCGGUGGCAAUAUCUCUCUGGCUAAGAGCUUCCGUUGCACCUAA